AUGUCCCAGCCCGAGACCCCCAAAGACAAGCCCAUCGACCCAGCCCCUCCCAUUGGAGGUGUGGCCCCACAGACAAAGGAAGAGUUGCAGGCAGGAGAUGAUAUGCCAGGAGCAGAGCAUGGACAAAAGACAAAAGACGCGGUGCAGCAGGGACAUGUUGUGCCAGAAGGAGAGUACAGAGAGAAGGUCGACGGGCUGGUGGACAACAAUCCGACCGAUUUGGAAAAGUCCGUCUCCGUAAACAGCACCACGCGUCCCCACAAACGACAAGACACCCCAUGGCCCGAGCCCGAGCCACCCCACCCCAAGGUGCUGGCUCUGAUCACCCAAUUGACGAGCAUCCAACAACAGUUGGCCGACAAAGUCAACGAGCUGAGCAUCCCUGCUCCUGCUUCCACUCCCCCACCGGCCCCUGCCCCAGAGCGUCCUUCCAUUUUCAAACGCCCCAACAAACUUGUCUGCCCAACUCUGUCUAGGUUCACCACUGACCCCUUCGUCAUUACGCGCCACCUCUAUGCCUUGGAGGCCUACCUCCAAAGCGCCCGUCCUAUGAUGGAGGCCGUUGGCCAGUGGUUCACGUGGAGUCAUGAGGUGGGCAGGCACGCUGUUACCUUCCCUGGUUGGAGCAAGCGGUUCAAAGAGAAGGUCCUCGCCCCUGACUGGGUCCGCCAGGCGAAGAACGCCCUCAAGUUCAUGCGCAUGGAGGGCACGACCUCCCAGCAUUUCAACAACUCUACCGACCCCCUUGCCGAUAGUGAUGUCAAGUGUCUCCUCAUGGAGGGCUUGUGCUCUCACAUGCUUGUCCUUGACGUCGUGGAGGCCUUGGAGCAGAAAGACUUGUCCUCCCGCACCAUCCCUGCCACCAACCUCAUUGACCUCAUGUCCAAGCGAGUGACUGUUUGCUCUGCCCGUCUUGCGGCUGUUCAUGCGUCUCGACCGCCCCCCCACCUGGCACCUGCCCAAGCCCCCCGCCCAGCCCAAGCUCGGUCGGCCCCGACGCCGAUCAAGGCGAUCUCUACGGUUUCAGCCCCCGCCCCUGCCACCGCGGCAGAAGCUCAAAGUUGGCUUGACAACACUAUCCGCCUUCCGUCUGGUCCGGACGCGCAACGAGCGCGUGAAUUCCUCAGACAGCGAGGUCUCUGUUUCCGCUGCCGUCAACAUGGACACAUGUCCCAGAGCUACCCCACCUUUCAGCCCCAAGUCUUCGCGGCCCUGUCUCCCGUGACCCCUCAAGCCCCAGCCCAGUCGCUCGCUAGUGCCCCCACUGGCUCUUUGUCCGAGUCAGUACCCCUCCUCCAUGUCCAAGCUUGUCUCAGUGCUGAUGGUCCAUCAUACCAGCUACUAGUUGACUCGGGUGCGGCCGUCAAUGUUGUUGACAAGGGGCUAGUAAAGGCGCUGGGUUUGGAGACGGAAGGGAUGUUGCCAUAG